GCCUGACAGAAACCGUGUUGUGGCUGGAUGGACAGUCUCUCGCAAAGGGCGGGCCUUUUCGGUGCUGCUGCUACAGGGAUACCAAGAUGGAAAUCCAGGGGCUUUCUGAUGCCCAAAACAUCCACUCUCAACAUGGCGCCUUCCAGAGAACCGCGUCGUCUGCCCUUCGAUCAUCAGUAGCCUCGUUGCCGCAGUUGAUUUCAAUAGGAAAUGAAGCAGACACACCGCUGGAGCUGGCCGAGCCUCAGAGUGACAGCAACAACAACGCUAGGCCAAAGACGGCGCAGAAUCGCCUGCUGGGGGGAAAUGGCAGCGAGGUGGUUUGUUCGCCUGUCACCAGGCAAGCCUCAGCGACCAGUAGCGUUGUGUCCGAAGACAAAAUGCUGCUGGGACUUCAUAACCUGAUGAAUGCGGAGAAAGAAAACGUGUUCAGCACCCUUCUGGAUUCGCACGAGUUCAACAGAACACAGUGGAGGUAUGAGGAAACAGGGGAGGCGAUGCAAAUGGCGCUGCCUCUGUUCGAAGGGGAGGCGGAAGCGACGCCGCAGAGGCAGCUAACUUCGUCUUCUCCGCUUUUACGGCAGCAGCGCGAGGAUGGCGCCGUGAAGCACCCUCCAGGUUACAGCCUCAGUACUGCCGCUGAUGCCUCGGUGGGAGCCCGGAACCCGGGGAAGAAGGCUGACAGCCACACACACGAGUUAUAUGUUGUGUUUAACGCCGCCCAGGAGGACGGAGCGGUGACUGCGAGCAGGAACCGAGCGGAUGGUCACUGUGACAGCGGCAGCAGCGGCAGCAGCAGCGGGACAGAGGAAGGCGAGGAAGCGGAGAGCUGCGGCUCCAUGGAGCCUGGCAGCAGCGUCGCCUUCUGUGAGUCUACCGACAGCCUUAGCUGUCCUGAUCCGCAAACACUGAGAAGGGCAGGCCAUGUUUUCAGCUUCUUCACCGACAACCCCGCCCUGUUUAGCGCCAAACAAGCUGGCGACCAUCACACCGUCGAAGAUGUGGUUUUGACUAACAAAUAUGGCGAAAAGAUUUGUGGGCAGAUCUGCACGGAAAACAGCGACGACAGGCUGCACCGGGAGAGCCGGCCCGACCACGGCGCUGCGCUGGUUUCGGAGGCGGCGGAGAUCGUGGAGGCCAUGGAGAAAUCCGCCUACAGCGCGGUGUCAGCGGGGCUACAGGACGGUUCACACCCGAUCACUUCCUCCACCGCUCCGCCUGCCGGGGAGACCUUUUCCGGAACCAUUACUAUAAACAACCAAAGCAUUAUUGUUACUAUUGAAAAUGGGGUCCUGACUCUGGCUGCCCCACCAGAGGGAUAUGUCCACAAAGAGGAUGACAUGGUCAGCUUAAAGGAGCAUCUGGGCAUGAAAGACCACGAGGACAUUGUUCUUCUCAAUUAUGAUAGCGGGACUAAGUCCAUUGGGAAGAUCAGUACCCUGGCAGUAGCCAGUUCCAGUCAGCAGGCAGAGCCCAGACCCGGCCUGUCUGUCAGUGACUCUGAGCUGGCUCUGGUGGACGACUGCUCCUUGUCAGAACUGGGCACUUCCCUGGACUCCUGUUCUGCUGUGAAGCAGGAAGCAGGGGUGCUGUGUGCUGUGACAGAGGCGGAUCUUAUUGCUCCAUCACCAAAAGGGUCAGUGGGAGGAUGCAACAACGAAGAUUUAAGCUCCCUGCUGCUGAUCAGAUCCAAAAAAGACACCGUGGCCACCUUUGCCUGCCCAGAACCCGGUUGCUCUUCCACAUUUGACUCUCGUCAGAAACUAAAGGUCCACCUGCUGAACCACACAGAGGAGCCGCGGCCGUAUCAUUGCGAGGUGGAGGGUUGCGGCUGGGCGUUUGCCACCUCCUACAAGCUAAAGCGCCACCUUCAGUCCCACGAUAAGCAGCGGCCUCACACGUGUGAGUUUGAAGGCUGUGGCCGGAGGUUCACCACGGUCUACAACCUAAAGGCUCACGUCAAAGUCCACGAGCAGGACAACGCCUUCAUCUGCGAGGUGUGCAACGAGAAGUUCCGCAGCGCCACGCGCCUCACCAAUCACCAGAGGGUCCACUUUGCACCACAGCGGCCCCACAAGUGUGAAUUCCCAGGCUGUGAGAAGACCUUCAUCACCUUCAGUGCCCUCUUCUCGCACAAUCGCACUCACUUCAGAGAGACGGGCCAAUUCACCUGCACCUACCCAGGCUGCGACAAGACGUACGAUAAGGCCUGUCGCCUCAAAAUUCACAUGAGGAGUCACACUGGGGAGAGACCCUUUGUGUGCGACUCAGAGGGCUGCGGCUGGUCCUUCACCAGCAUGUCAAAGUUGCUCCGUCAUAAACGGAAACAUGAUGACGACCGUCGCUUUGUCUGUUCUGAGGAGGGCUGUGGGAAGUCUUUCACCAGGGCUGAGCACCUGAAAGGCCACAGCAUCACCCACCUGGGCACCAAACCCUUUCAGUGCCAUGCAGAGGGCUGUUACGCCAAAUUCUCAGCACGCAGCAGCUUAUACAUUCACUCCAAGAAACAUAAACAGGACGCCAGCACCCUGAGGACCCGCUGUCCCGUGGCCAAUUGCUCCAAGCACUUCUCCUCCCGCAGCAGCCUAAAGAGCCACAUGCUCAAACACCAUCACCUCAGUCCUGAUGUUCUCAGCCAAAUGGAGACCACACCCACACUGACUCCCAGCAGUGAACUGAUCAGCUCCACCCCAGCUUCAGUUGCUGGGCCUGGUGUCGCUGGGGCAGACCAGCUGUCCAACCUGGACCUCAGCUCUCUGUUCUCUUCUGUCCCUGGAGGCGCUGCUCCUACUGCCGGCAUCGAAGUGGGAAUCCCUGUAGCCGGGAGCAGCUCCAGCGGCUCCUUCACCAUGGACCUGUCCCUGGUCAGCUCUGGGAUUCUUACCAUCGACCCAUCCUCGGUGGGCGCCACGCUGGUUACCAGCACCGGGACCACAUUGGCCAAGCCUUUGGAUCCACUUGUCAUGGCAGCUGAUACUGAGCUGACGCAUCAACAUGGACUGGAGGGGACUGUGGGGGACAUUCUUCCUCCACAAGGAACUCUCAACCUGGAUGAUGUGCAGACAGUCACCCCAGAGGCUCUGGGGACCCUCACGGCUCUGACCAUGCAGGGUGCUGGUGCCGCAGUGGAUCCUGCUCUGCAGCACCUGGGCCCCUCCAGCGGCCUGGGUGUGGAGUCCUCAGCUGCCUUGGCGGUGGCCCCUGUCACCGAGCUCCUGGCCUCCCCCUCCAAAGUGGUGGAGGUGGGAGCCCAGGGAAGUGCAGGUCAUCUGCUGGGCUGUGUUGAGGUCCUGGGUCCUCAGGAAAGAGGGAAAGUUCUCACUUCUCAGUUUGUUUUCCCCAGUCCCAGCAGCUUCAGCCCUCACAAAGACCUGGAACUGGCUGUGUCACCGAGCAGCUUUCUGGACAGUGGAGGUUCUGCCCGGACAGACUACAGAGCCAUCCAGCUUGCCAAGAAGAAGAAGCAGAGAGGUUCUUCAGCCCCACCUGGAACUUCAGGUUUAUGUCAGCGAAAAACAAAAGCAUCAAAGGUUGCUGUGGCAACUGUACCCCUCACUUCGUCUGGUGCUCGUUACAGUGAUGGAGCUGUAGCAGCCAGUGGGGGUCUGACUCUACGGGACCCUGUCACAGGGACGCAGUAUGUCCAAAUUCAGCUGCUGCAGGACGAUCCAACCAGUGAUGGUGACCUGGCCUUCCAACUGAGCUCUCAGCCUAACAGCUCUGACUCUCAGCUCACCGUCGACUUACCCGUCAACAUUUUACAGGAACCCUCGGUGAUGACAGAAGAAGACAACGGCUCUGAUAAUUCCCAGUUCACAGGAAGCACCAUCAACCUCCAGGACCUGGAAUAACGCCUCCCCAGCAAACUGCAUGCUGGGAGGUCUGCUGUGAAGAUGAGAUCUCACUUCACCUUGAGACUCAAUCCUGUUUAUUGAGACCAAAACACACCACUAAACUGCUGCCUCUGACUUUGACAGCUUUUUUUGGAUUUGUGCUCCAUGUACUCACCUGAUUGGUUAGGUAUGUUUCCACAGAUAUUGCACCUUUAGAUAAGACGAGGUUUCUAUGUCGAAAGGAACUGUGUAUUUGUAAAGUCUACUUUGUAUCAAAAUGAAAAGCUGAGAUCACUGUCAUGUCACUCACCAGAGGUUCCCUGAUCCUCUGUAUCCUGGGGUUAACGCAGCCAGUGUCUUUUCCAUAGUGCCACAUUACCAUUAAUGUACACACUGCGCCGUCUAAACUCCAGUUGCCUUAUAGACGCCUCACGCUGUGCUCGCCUUCACUUGCAGUUUAUCUGCUUCAUUUUUUCUUAAUUUCACUUUGUUUUAGUAUUAAUUUGUUUCCAUGACAAACAGUCUGUUAAACAUGCCUGUUCAUGUGUUUUAUGUAAAGUGUGAUGACAUUUAAUGCCUUGUUGGAAUGUUUUUUAUUUAUUAUUGGGUUUACAGAAUGGCUGAGCCAGACCCUUAAGGAUUAAAGAAUCAAAGCACAAUCUAAA